CCAUUUGAGCCAGUCCAUCAGUCUCCACACUCCUCCUUAAAAGAACUGUCUCUCUGAGUCUCUUUUAAUCUUCUUCAAAUUUCUAACCAUAGCAGUCGAUUUGCAUCUCGCCGGAGAAAUGAAUAUUCCGGCGAUGACUUAUUCUAACUCUAUACGCAAUGUCCGCGUUUCCGACCAUCGCCGUCAUGUCUUACACGAAAAGACCCAAAGCUAAAACCCAUCGUCCUCUCUUGCAUAGUCUCCAAGUUUCACUUUUGUUCUUCUAUAUUUUUCUUUUGAUCAAAUUUUGGUAGAUUAACUCAUUUGCUUAGGGCUUUGAGUGGGUUUUUUUUUUCUGGGAAAAGGGAGAUAAUACUGGUAGCUUAGCAGAGGAGGUUCAAUUUUAACCAACACGCACUGAUUUUUCAUGAAAAUGUACAAAGCAAGAUUUAUCAGGAUCAGAAUGAAUCAUUGAUGAUUAGGCGGUCACUGUCUAAGUAAGCAAAUCUAUGAGAGCGGCUAGCUAGCUCUGAAUAUGGAGCAGCUGCAGAACUGACAAGCAGCAAGUGUUUAAAAUUCCAUAGCAAUCAAUACUUAUUAACCUUCAAUCUCUGUUAUGCCUUUCCCUAUGAAGAUCCAACCUAUAGAUAUCGAUUCUCAGGCACCGGUUCGAGCUGAACCGGCUAAACCGGUUCUGAAAUCGCGUCUGAAGAGACUCUUUGACCGGCAGUUACCAAGCGUGCUGAGGAUUUCCUCUGUGGACAAACCACCUAGCAGUAUCGAAGCUCAGUAUGGGGCUAACAGUAAAGAUGAGCAGUUCGAGCCAAGCUCGGUUUGUUUGGCUAAAAUGGUGCAGAGUUACAUGGAGGAAUCCAACGACAAGCCAUUUCGUGGCCGCCACCGCUGCAAUUGCUUCAACGGAAAUGGCAACGACAGCUCCGAUGAUGAAUUUGAUGUGUUUGGUAAUGGUUUCGGAGAAUCAAUGGGUACAGCUCCUUCUGGCGACGCCUGUGAUUUUCUCAAGAGUUUGAUUCCUUGUGCAAGCGUUGCGGAGAGAAAUCUACUAGCAGACACUGCAAUGAUUUUGGAGAAGAAUAAGAAUCACAAACAGAAAGAUGAUUUUUUGAGGAAGAUGGUAGCCGAUGGAUUAACAUCUCUCGGCUACCAUUCCUCAAUUUGCAAGUCUAAAUGGGACAAAUCCCCCUCUUUCCCUGCCGGUGAAUACGAGUACGUGGAUGUGAUAAUUGAAGAAGAGAGAUUGAUAAUCGAUAUUGAUUUCAAAUCGGAAUUUGAAAUAGCGAGAUCGACUGGGGCCUACAAGGCCAUCCUGCAAUCGUUGCCGUAUAUCUUUGUCGGAAAAUCAGAUCGGCUUGGACAGAUCGUGUCGGUCGUAUCGGAGGCAGCCAAACAGAGCUUGAAGAAGAAAGGCAUGCAUUUUCCUCCUUGGAGAAAAGCCGAGUACAUGCGUGCUAAAUGGCUCUCACCUUAUACCAGACUAAACGAAAACGUUUUGAACAACAACAGCAACACAACUGAAGAGCAAAACGAGAAGUCCUUGGAGAUCAGUGACGAUUGCCGUGGAGAGUUUGAGCUGAUUUUUGGAGAGGAUACCCCGACGUUGGAUUCCGAGUCGUUAAUUUUUUCGCCGAAUAAAAUUUCGGACGAGGAUGAAAAAAAGGUGGAGACAGUGGCGUGGCAGCCACCGGCGGUGAAACCGAAAGGCGUAGAGAGAGGGGCCAGGAUGGUGACUGGAUUAGCUUCUCUCCUUAAGGAGAAACCAUAAAAAAUUUUGGAUUUUUUUAUUUUUCCGAGGCAUAAAAAAUAGAAAAAAAAUAUUAGUGCUAUAUAUAAAUAUGAAUAUAUCUUUUUUUUUCGUUCUUUUUUCGAGGUGAAGGGUUGUGUAAUAUCUGAGGCAGGCGAAUCUACCGUCAAUGUAAUAAAAAACCAAUUAUGUAAAUAUUAGAAAUCAGAAAAAAAUACUAAAAAUAUUAAAGCA